AUGCGAAUUGCACUUUACGACACCGGCGUCCUCCGCAAAACUAGGCUCCUAUUCAGCAAGCCUUAUAUGGCAACGUUGAGACGGGGCUCCAGGCCAAGGCACCCACUUGCGCAAGACGAUCAGGGACCAAAGCCAAUUUGCACAUCAGCCUUGUUCGAUGCAGUCUGCCAUCAGCACUAUGGGCCGCAGCCGUCAAGCCCAUGGGCUAUCCGCUUUUGCUGGGCUCUCCCCUUUUGGUCCAAUGAGAAGGCAUAUCGAUAUCCGAUGCGACUCCCAGACGCAUGGCUCGCCUGGCUAUCCUACCGCUCCUGCAAGCACUUCUUGGGCGGCAUUAUUUCCUCUUUUUGCCGUGCAUUUCGUGCUUCUGGCCCCAGGGGGGCCAUGUGCCAGGGAAACGAGAUUAGGACUCAAGCAUACGCAAUAAUUCUAUGCGAUUUACAAACGUAUUACAGCGAGUAUCAGCGAUUGUUGGCGAGAGUGUAUUUUCCCGUGCAGUCCUGCAGGCGACCUUAUUUCAGCGCCUUACUGGCCAACGACAUGAGGCACUCCUCUGUGAACGAGCUAGUGUCAUCGAUCAGAUUCCCACGUAACGUUAAACCUGCCAGAAAAGGGAAGACGGAUUCCGUGCUCUAUCCUUGUGCAGCCAGAUCGCUCCAAAGUCACAAGGUCUUCAAGGCCAAGAGCCAGCAUGGGGUCGUGUAA